AUGAAUCCCAUUUCAAGCCUCGUCUUUGUGCUUCUUUUGACUGUCUUUCCAACCCAAAUUUUUUGCCAGAACUUGAUUGCGCAAGCUUGUGGUUACACUUCGUACAAGCCACUGUGCCUAAGCACUCUUCAAUCGGACUCUGAGGCCAAAUCAGCAAAAGAUCUCCUGACUAUAGCCAAAGUUGCACUAAAACAUGCAGGGACUAAAGCUCAGGCAGUAAAUGCGGAAGUCAAAAAACAGCAAGGUUCAGCAACGGACGAGGGCUUGAAGCAAGCCCUAUCUGAUUGUGCUGAGAACUAUGGAGAUGCAAUUGAUCAAAUUCAAUCCUCGACCGGUGCCUUGGGAUCUAAGAAAUAUAAUGAUGUUAAUACAUGGGUCUCAGCUGCCAUGAACGAUGCAGACUCGUGUAACCAAGGUUUCGAAGAUCAAUCCGUCAAGUCUCCAAUAACUUCUUCAAGUACCACAUUUAGUCAGCUAUGCAGCAAUGUGUUAGCCAUUACCAAUCACCUCUAA